AUGUCAGAGACUCACUCCGGCGCAGCCGAGACUGCCCCACAGAUAAGAUACGAAUCCUGCCUCGCAUUCGAGCAAACCGGAAUACCCCAUGUUGUCUGGUUUGAGAAGGCCCUACGCCGCCACGGAGUGCCCACCGUAGCCUUAGACUUGUAUAUUCUUGUCUUGGACAUUGAAGUCGCUGCCAAUGCCCUCGUAGAAUCUGGUUGGGUUCUUGACACAGUAUCCCCUCGUCAAAUUGGAGGCACGGUUGUGGAGAUUUCGCAGAAUCCAUUAAUAACGCCCGACAACCGGACAAGAACGGUCCUUCUUCUCGCAUCAGGCUGGAGGUUCCCCCUCGCAACGAAUCUACUUCUCGAGCAUGUGCCUAUGAGCGAUAAACUACUCAGCGCAAAUUUGUCGUUUCCCACCUCGUCAGCCUUACUCGAUGCCCUGAUUAAAAGCUAUCGGGCCGGGCCGACUGUGCACCAGAAAUUACUGCUCCACCCGAGCUGUUACUACAACUACCUCUACGAAUACGUGCCUGCGGUCACAGAGCCAUCAUUUGCGGACUAG